AAGUGCUUGGUAGCGUUGGUCACCUGUACCGCAGCGCAAGAGCUCCAGCUUAGUCCUUCUUGCACACUUCUCUCAAAACAUGGGGGAAAACGAUGAUGAAAAAUAUAGCCAAGCUGGCCAGACAUUUGAAAACUUUGUACAGGCAUCAACAUGCAAAGGUACCCUUCAGGCCUUUAAUAUUCUCACUCGCCAACUUGAAUUAGAUCCUUUGGACAAUAGAAACUUUUACACAAAACUGAAAUCAAGAGUGACGACAUGGAAGGCCAAAGCUUUGUGGAACAAACUUGAUAAAAGAGCAAGUCACAAAGAGUAUAAACGUGGAAAAUCUUGUAUGAACACUAAGUGUUUAAUUAUCGGAGGCGGCCCGUGUGGUUUGCGGACUGCCAUAGAGCUUGCCCUGCUCGGAGCCAAAGUGGUGGUGGUGGAGAAGCGGGACACCUUCUCGCGGAACAACGUGUUGCAUCUCUGGCCCUUUACGAUCCAUGACCUCAGGGGACUGGGAGCAAAGAAGUUUUAUGGGAAGUUCUGUGCGGGAUCUAUUGAUCACAUCAGUAUUCGACAGCUUCAACUUAUCCUCUUCAAAGUUGCACUAAUGCUAGGAGUUGAAAUCCAUGUGAACCUAGAAUUUGUAAAAGUUGUGGAACCUCCUGAAGAUCAAGAAAACCAAAAGAUCGGCUGGAGGGCAGAAUUUCUGCCAGUGGAUCACCCUCUGUCAGAGUUUGAAUUUGAUGUUAUUAUCGGUGCAGAUGGCCGCAGGAAUACACUAGAAGGUUUUAGAAGGAAGGAGUUUCGUGGAAAGCUGGCUAUAGCUAUCACUGCCAAUUUUAUAAACAGAAAUACGACCGCAGAGGCCAAGGUAGAAGAAAUCAGUGGUGUUGCUUUCAUCUUCAAUCAGAAGUUCUUCCAGGACCUAAAAGAGGAAACAGGAAUUGACCUGGAGAACAUUGUUUACUACAAAGAUAGCACUCACUAUUUUGUGAUGACAGCAAAAAAGCAGAGCCUUUUGGACAAAGGAGUGAUUAUUAAUGACUGUGUCGACACUGAGUUGCUCCUGUGCGGGGAAAACGUGAACCAGAGCAAUUUGCUGUCCUAUGCCAGAGAAGCUGCUGACUUUGCAACGAAUUACCAGCUGCCUUCCUUGGAUUUUGCAAUUAAUCACUAUGGGCAACCAGAUGUAGCAAUGUUUGAUUUUACUUCCAUGUAUGCAUCUGAAAAUGCGGCGCUGGUGAGAGAGAGGCACCGACACCAGCUCCUGGUGGCACUUGUUGGAGAUAGUUUGCUUGAGCCAUUCUGGCCAAUGGGCACUGGCUGCGCGAGAGGCUUCCUUGCUGCUUUCGACACCGCGUGGAUGGUGAGGAGCUGGGCUCAGGGAAAACCCCCGCUAGAAAUCCUUGCUGAACGGGAGAGCAUUUAUCGACUCUUGCCGCAAACUACCCCUGAGAACAUUACCAAGAACUUUGAGCAGUAUACCAUCGACCCAGGAACAAGAUACCCGAACUUGAACUCAAGCUGUGUUCGACCUCACCAGGUGAGACACUUAUAUGUUACUAAUGAGUUACAACAAUGCCCUCUUGAAAGAGUAAGCUCCAUUAGAAGAUCGGUGAAUCUGUCCAGACGAGAGUCCGAUACGCGACCUAACAAGCUUUUGACGUGGUGUCAGAAGCAGACGGAAGGGUACCGCAACUGUGCAGUUAAAUCCAGCCAUGGGCAGACAGGAGCACCUUGUUUAGAGGACAUAUGUGCUCUUGGCAGCUCCGAUGGUUUUUCAGAGCAAACCCCACUGAUGCCAGCUCCUUGUCCCCAUAGCGACUUCGACGCCCUGAAGGAGGAGGACGUCGUCCAAAACAACCAGCUGGCGUUCGACGUGGCCGAGCGGGAGUUCGGCAUCCCCCCGGUCACCACGGGGGAGGAGGUGGGCUCCGCCGCCGAGCCCGACAAGCUCAGCAUGGUCCUCUACCUCUCCAAGUUCUACGAGCUGUUCAGAGGGGCACCGCUGCGGGCCGUGGAUGCUGGGGACAAGCAAAAUGGAGAGAGUAAUGACCUUUGUUCAGCAAAAUCAUCAAACCUGAUCUUCAAUAAUUACAUCAAUUUAACCUUACCAAGAAAACGAGUACCAAAGGUCGAAAGGAAAGCAGAAGAAAAUGAGACUAACAAAAGACGUCGGAAAGGGCUUUUCGGUGCCUUCGAGGAGGCUUCAGGUAUUUCAAGCCAAGGGUCAAAUUCUGGGAAAGAACCAAGUGAUGGUAGAGAAGGCGCCAACCAGAAUAAAGUGAAAUCAAUGGCAACACAGCUCUUGGCAAAGUUUGAAGAAAAUGCUCCAAGUACAAUUUUUCGGAGACAGGAGCUAGUAGGUAGUCCAGCCCCACUAUCUUCUCCUGGCCUUGCUGCUAAUCCUCGCUUUGCUAAAGCUAAGGAUCCGAGUCUUCUUCCACCGCAACCGAAAAGGCAGUUUCAGGUGGUAGCUAGGCCUGAAGGCGAGGUCAGGGAACCCAAACAGUCUUGCAGUGGUCCUGAGCAAACAGCCAGGAGAGCAAAGACUGUAGGAAAAGCAGAAAUCCAGCGCAGUCUUUCAGAAAACUCUGAAACUCUCACGUCUGCCAGUUCUGCUGCAUUUGUACUUUCUGGAGUGCUUGAGCGUCUUCAGCACCUGGAGGAAAAAAUGAAACAGAAAAGGGCUCAGACCAUAGCAAAUAGGGAAUUCCAUAAAAAGAACAUUAAAGAGAAGGCAGCACAUCUUGCUUCAAUGUUUGGAUGCAUGGAGUUCCCAAAGAAUAAGCUAUCUAGUAAAGGCCUAUGCCACACUCAGCCCCCAGCUCCCCCUUGCCUUCCUCCUCCUCACGACUCAUCUGCUGCCUCUUCUCCAUCACCUGUCGGUUCAGCUCCCCGCGCUGCUCCUUCCAAACAGUUUGGGCUGAGUGUUGGUGUAAGUGACGAUGAUGAUGAUGAUGCUCUGGUGACCUGGCCACCCCAGCACACGAAGCGGCACCUCCCCUGCAAGACACAUCCACAUGCACAACCCAACACGCCUUCUCCUGCUUUCCAGCCCUCGGGAGGUUUCCAUUGCGAGGAGGGCUGGCCGAG